AUGGCCAGACUAGGCUGGAUUCAUCAAGAUAACACGCUUGUCCUGAACGGGAGAGUCUUGUACGGCCAAGCGUUGCAAGAGGUCCAGAAGGCUCUCUACGACGAGUGCACUAUGUGGCAAGAUGAGACCCUGGCGACCGGUAAUAUUCUGGCCUUCUAUGAGUUUUUGGAACCCACGAAUGACUCGAUAGCUGGAUGGAAUAGUCAUACGAACGGUGUGACGCGUCUCAUGCUUAUUCGGGGUCCGGAUCGACAUCGCUCUUCAUUUGGACGUGCUCUUCUGGAAGGGAUUCGUCUCUCAGCGAUGAUUCAAGCUUUACAGAAUCGCAAAGCAUCUCCGCUAGGGCAAUACGAAUGGUGGCAGUAUCCGAAGAGAGACCUGACCCAAAGGCUAUACGAUCACGGUUUUGCUUUGGCCGCUUUAUUCGAAGGAAUUGACAAGGCAAACCUCCUUGGUCCAGAAGUUGGAACCUCACUGCUCACGAAAUAUUUGCGACGUUGUUCUGCCUUGGACGCCACGUUCAAUCUCUGGUAUCACGCUCUCACUCGUCAAUCUUCGACACCAUUGUACUGGCUCACUCCACCGAACGACGGCAUUCAUCCCACUGUCGCAUCAUUGACUAACAGGCGGCCAUUUUCAUUCCCGGAUCUGCCCGCCGCGCACACCGUGACCACCUUCUGGGGUUGCAAAUUAGCGCUGAGCAACACAAUCGCCAUCGUAUGCGCAUCGGUCCUUUCCCCGGAUAGAUUUAACCGACACGAAGAUCCCCGAAGCUUCGCGGCACUAGAGCAAACAGCGCGCCAACUGCUCAUCCAGCAUGGCGACACCGGACGUCUGGAAAAUGCCACCAACAUCAUCCGAUCUAUGCCGUACUGCUUGCAUGACAGUAUGGGUUUGCUGGGUCCGCAGAAGAGUCUGUUUGCAUUGAGGGCGGCUCUGUUGUCACUGAGAAGAACUCCGGGCGAGGAGUUGGAUUGGUGUUUAAGAAUGUAUCAAGAGCUGGCUGAAAGGAAGGGAUUGGGGUAUGCGAGGGAAGUUGGGAAGGUGAACGCUAAGGAUAGAGUGGAGGCUGGGAAAGCCAUGGAUGCUAUUAGGCUUGCCCCAGGACAUGGGGAGUAA